UUAAUGAGACUAUUCUGUCGUUGGCUUUUUUUUUGAGUUUCAUUUCGCGAAUCUUGAUACAAAACAACUGGAUGAGUAGACCCUUUGGUGCAUAGUCUAAACAAACUCCAGACUCCACUAGCGGUGUUAGAAAGAUAAUGAUCAUCAACAGUAAAAUAAAAUAAAAAUGGGAAAAAAACAAGUAAAACACUGUCUCGCCCAAGCAAACGAGACGAACGAUUUGACCAAUUGAGCUCCGACGUCGCGUGCACGUAAUCAUUAACAUCACAAAUUUCCAUCAGGCUCUUCGCCUUUGGUUAUUCAUUUAAUAAUCAUCUACCCAACCAAAACAAAACAUGCUAGUCCCAAACAUUACGCAUACAAUUUCCAAAGUAUUCAUCUGCAUACUAAUAGAGAAAAAAGAUUUAGAAAAAAAAAGAAACUUCUCAAAUACUACUGUCAAUCAAAAAUGAAUCUGAAUAGUCUUUUCAAUUUUCCCACUUUGAGGGAAACGGUGCAGCUGUAUUGUAACUUUGAUGAUUAUUAUUGCGUUAUAUAUCUAUAUAAUAGAAGCAGUAGCGUAGAAUAGGUUCAAUGAAAGUAAAGAAGCAAACUGUGUGUGGAUGAACGACAUAUAACUGAUGGAGGGGAUCUAGAUGUGAGUACACCAGCGAUAGACACUUGGAGCUCCUACCAGCACUCGUCAGUCUGCCAGACAGUCUCAUAGAGGCUGUUUGUGUCGCCUUAAAGAUUCAUAAAUUAUCGUGAAACACCUCUUUAAGUGUUUUAACACCGCACCGAAAUCACGACUGUUCAAAGAAAACUCAUCACAAUUAAAAGGUGAAUCAUGGAUCGAACGUCAAAAGUAAUUUUGAGGAAGAUAAUUCUCGAUUUCACGUGUGUUUUCAUAGUGGGCUUUGCGGUGCUGAUGUUUUAUCUUUUUGGUAAACCAUACAAACGAGGUUUUUUUUGCAAUGAUGAAUCGCUCAUGCAUCCUUACCAUUCUUCAACGGUGACCAAUGUUAUGCUUUAUAUCGUGGGGAUAUUUCUUCCUUUAUGUGUGAUGCUCCUUGGAGAAUUUGUGUACGCAAAAAAAAUGAAUGGCCAUUCGUCAGUGGUAUUAUUUGGCCGUGCGGUACCUCCUUGGGUGGUAUUGGUUUACCACAAGGCUGGCACAUUUUUGUUUGGAGCAGCAGUAACAGUAUUAACAUGUGACAUAGCUAAGUAUACAAUUGGACGCCUUCGACCGCAUUUUUUCGCUCUCUGUGUACCUGAUGUUGACUGUAGUUUGCCACAGAAUCAAAACAAAUACAUAGAAAAAUUUACGUGCACCGCCUCCAAUGUUGGCCCAAGGCUUUUAAAAGAAGUCAGAUUGUCGUUUCCGUCGGGUCAUGCAGCAUUUUCUAUGUAUGCGAUGCUAUUUCUUGUCUUUUAUCUGCAACUAAGAUUCACGUGGAAAGGUAGUAAUAUCUUCAAACACUUUCUUCAACUGAUAUGUAUAUUCUUGGCAUGGGCGACAGCAAUGUCAAGAGUGUCUGACUAUAAACAUCAUUGGAGUGAUGUCCUCGUGGGAAUGCUUAUCGGCAUGACUGUAGCCGUAAUUAAUGUAUUAGUGAUAGCAAAAUUUUUCAAGGAUAGAAAACAAAACGGAGCUGGAGAAAUGAGAAAUGGUGAGACUGACAACUCAGAGAAAUUUCGUCCUGUGGACUAUGACGCUGAAACAGCAAUGCAGGAUGAAUUAAGCCCACUCAGAAGUCAAGAAUCCUCAUAUGGCGGAACAGAAAUGAUUAAUCAACACAUACGAUAGAUACUUAUAAUAAAGAUUUUUCAAUAAAUAUUUAUAUUAUUUAUACUUUUAAAUUA